GAUUUAGUUCUUGAUAGAAAGCGAAGGUUGCAUGUAGUAUUCUGUUGCACUUUUUAUUAAUUUUCAAUUGGAAGAGUCGCACCUUCAAACUUCGAAAAAUAAAAGUGAAGUUUCUCGUGAUUUGUUUACUAUAACGAGAAGCAAGUUAAUAUAUAAUCUUCAAUCGUGGUGAAAUUAAAACGUCCAACUCUUCCAAAAGUAAAAGUCAUCGCCUAUAGAGAGUCGUCAUCCAACGAGAGCACUCAAGGAGAAGCUUAUUACUCACAGCAUUUAGUUUCGAAAUACAUUUAUGAGUAGAAUUGAAUUUACUGGCAUUUAAUCAACACAAGUUGAGUCGACAAGAGCUGGUCACCGCAUCCAAGGUUGUAUAUCUCAACGAACUAUUUUUUUACGGCAAAUGGCUUCCAUACUGGAUCUACCGGAUGAGUGUUUGAUAAUGAUUUAUAAAAAGUUGAAUCGCAAUGACCAGAAGAACAUCUGGAGCAAUGUUUGUAAACGAUUUAAACACAUCUGUUUCCAAUAUUUCCCCAAUAGCACUGAACUAAACGACAAUUUGGCGACAAAGUAUGGUCAUCUCAUAGGCACCGACGACUUUCCGCUGCGUACCAUAAAGAGACUUAAUUUGUCGAAGUUUGAAUGUACGAAAUACUUUCUAAAUAAAUUACGAGAUUGUCAUAAGGAGAUUGAAGAGGCGAAACUAUAUUAUUUCACCGAUGAGUAUUUGGCGGAACUUAUUCCAUUACCAAAUCUGAAGAAACUGAAUUGCGUCGCCUUUUAUAAUUUCAGAGGUAGAGGCUUAAUAGAACUCGACAGUCUCACGGAGCUGCACAUACACAGUAGCUCCUUUUUUGAUCCGAAAUACUUGCUGCAAUUAACAUAUUUCAAUCCACUGAGGCUACUUGUAAUGCCCAAAUAUCCAGACAUGUUUUCGAAUAGAUACGCCUUUGAAAUGAUUGAAAACCUGAAAAAUGUCGAGCAACUCGGUACAAAAUUCCACCAUUGUAAAUCGUGGCAACUGGUUGGCACUCUUCCGAAAUUGCAAAAGCUCGAGAUCUGGCGUUUCAAUAGUGAUCAGUGCGAGACGUGCUUGAAUGACCAAAAUUUAUACAAAAGAUGCGAAAUGCAACAUUGCAAAUUCUUCUUUGACGAAUUACUUCGGAGGAAUCAGUUAGAAGAAUUGGCAAUUUCUGAAGGUUACGUGUCUAUGCAACAUAUCUUGAAAAUUGCGGAGCUGACAAACUUGAAGCGUUUAAUAUUUUGCAAAACUCGUAUUGUCAAUUUUUCGUUGGUGCUUAAAGAUUUGGUGAAUUUGGAAGAGCUACACCUUCACGAGUGCGAUGACAUAUAUGCGGAGGAUUCACUAGAACUAAUAAGAUGUUGUAAGAAACUGAAAGUUCUGUUUCUUGGGAGUGUUUAUGGCGUAACUGCGUACUUUCUUACGGAGGCAAAUGAUAUCUUAAGUCGCAGGCAACCGGCACCAAUUGAGCCUUUGCAAAUGGGAUUUUCCCUUAACAUUGAAAAGUAUGAGCUAAUCCUGUCUUUAAUACCGCUUCCAUUUCUACAAUUUGUAACGAGCAACUUUGGCUAUGGAACAUCAGGUGACGUCGAUUUGAUGAAUCGCUAUGAGGGUAAAAAUACAUUUUGGUCCUCCUCGCUGGAAUACAAACCUUACUAGUGACUAUUCAAUAAGUAUACACAUACAUAUGUGAAUUAGAAAUAAUUGAUCUCUUUCGAAUUUUCAUUUGGUGUGACGCUAAAUUUUUCAGUAACUAUGAGUUCGGUCAAGAUGAAUUUCAAAUUGCGUUUAAAAGUGCUAAAACUUACAACACGACAAAGAGCUUAUUUAUAACAAAUUAAAAAAGAGAUACAAAUAAACUUUCCGAAAACAAUUAUUUUCUUUAAAAUUUC